UAAAAUUUUAAUUAUUUCCAUUCUCCUUUGAUUGAUUUGUAACACAAAAAAAAUCCUCCCCCCGAGAAAAUAUAUACAAUUCCUCAGUAUGGGCUUCCGGAGAAAAGGGUGUGCGAGUGUGAGAAUAAAAAAAUAAAAAAAGAAAGAAGAGAAGAUUGCAUUUGCAUCAAGAUGGAGAUGCAACAACUCCUCAGUAUGGGCUUCCCGGACGAGUUAGCCGCCCAAGCCUUGGCUGCCACCGGCGGCAAAUCCACCGUGAAAGCCACCGAAUGGAUUCUCUCUCACAAGCCCAACUCUUCCACAUUCCAGCCCAAGCUCGAUCGCUUCUUCCAUUCCCAAUCACAAGAACAUGACGAACCCUCCAAACGCCCCAAACCUUCUCCUUCUCCUUCUCCUUCUCCAGCACAACCACAACACUGGCCCUCUUUCUUCUUUAAGAUCGCAGACAAGAAACACGCCAACACCCACAUUCACGAACCCUUGUACGAGCGGUUGCGUCCCAGAACCCUUGACGACGUCGUCGGUCAGGAGCAUCUCCUCGCCCCCAACUCCCUUCUUCGCUCCGCAAUCCAACGCAACCGCCUCCCCUCCAUCCUCCUGUGGGGCCCACCCGGCACCGGCAAGACCACUAUCGCCAAAGCCAUCGUCAACUCCACCCCUUCUACUAACUCUUACCGCUUCGUCUCCUUAUCUGCCGUCACCAGCGGCGUCAAAGACGUCAGGGACGCCGUCGACGAGGCCAGAAAACUCAGACUCAAAUCCAACCAAACCACCGUUCUCUUCGUGGACGAGGUUCACAGGUUCAACAAGUCCCAACAGGACUCUUUCUUACCCGUCAUUGAAGAUGGCAGCAUUGUCUUCCUUGGGGCCACCACCGAAAACCCUUCUUUCCAUUUGAUCACCCCUCUCUUGUCUCGUUGCCGCGUACUCACUCUUAACCCUCUCCAACCCCAUCACCUUGCCUUGCUUCUGAACCGCGCUGUCACUCACACUGACAAAGGGUUGAUGCAGAGCGUGGGGGUUCAUGUUGAUGUGAGCGAGGAAGUUGUUGAUUUUAUAAGCAACAACUGUGAUGGGGAUGCUCGGGUGGCCUUGAAUGCCUUGGAGAUUGCAGCUGUUACCGCAGCUGCAAGGCUACAACAAGGGAUGGAAUUGGAUCUUCACACGAACGAGGAAUGCAAGGAUGAUGUUGCUGCUGCUGCUGCUGUUGUUGUUAGUGUUGCUGAUGCAAAGGAGGCACUUCAGUGCAAGCAUGUUGCUUAUGAUAAAGCUGGGGAAGAGCACUAUAAUGUAAUCAGUGCGUUGCACAAGUCUAUGAGGGGAAGUGAUGCAAAUGCAGCUAUUUAUUGGUUGGCAAGAAUGUUAGAGGGGGGUGAAGAGCCUCUUUACAUUGCACGCAGACUCAUACGGUUUGCAAGUGAGGAUGUUGGUUUGGCUGAUCCGUUGGCUCUGAAUCAGGCCGUCUCAUGCUACCAAGCAUGCCACUUCAUAGGAAUGCCAGAAUGCAAUGUCAUUCUUGCUCAGUGUGUUGCUUACUUGGCCUUGGCACCUAAGUCUGUUGCUGUUUAUCGAGCCAUAGGAGCCGCUCAGAAGGCAGUGAGGGAAUCGGCUGGACACAAUGAGGGUGUGCCUCUCCAUUUGAGGAAUGCUCCAACCAAAUUAAUGAAGGACAUUGGAUAUGGGAAGGGAUACAUCUACACUCCCGACAAUCCCACCGCAACACAAACUUACUUACCACCAUCACUUCUGGGUCACAAGUUCCUCGAUUGGCCUGAGUGACAGAGACGGAGUUAUUAUGUGCUUUUUUUUUUUUUUUUUUGCCUUUUGGUUUUGGGGGUAGUAAGGAGAAGGGUGCAUACUGCAAACGAUGUGUGCUUCUUUGUAUAUUUUUCCACCAUUGCUAAUAAAUAUAUUGGCAAUGGUGGGGGUGGGGGAAUGCUAAAUGCUAGUGCAAUGCAUGAUGUAAAUUUUACCUGAUUAAAUCUCAUUUUCACUAAUUUACUUUGAAUUC